CCGCCCCCUGUGACUAACGGUCGCGCAGGCACGGAGAGGGACGACCGAGCUCAACGAUCAGCCGACACUGGAGGAUGGUGACCCGGAGUCGCCGCUGAGCCGACAUGGACAUCCGACACAAACUGCUCUUCAGCGACUGCGAGGAGGAGGACGGCCACAGCACCGGGGACGACUCGGCCUUCCAGGAGAGCGAGACGGGCCGGGAGGAGGAGGAGAGCCCCCCGGGGAGCCGGGCCUGGGCGGAGGACGAGGAAGGCAUCGGGGUCUCACCUGUCAAAUCCCCGGGAGGAGAUUUCACCAUGAGCCCCGGAUCGCCGGCUUCCCCCUACCCGUUCCGGGGGGGCCAAAGCGGGUCACCGUGCCUCUACCGGAGGGGGCAGAGGGAGGGAUCGAGCUCCCCAAUACCGGACUGUCCUGGGACCCCACCGCACAAGACCUUCCGUAAACUGCGCCUCUUCGACACCCCGCACACCCCCAAGGUGAGAGGCCCCAGGUGUCACCCGCAUUAUGGACACCCUGGAGAUGAGUUGUCACCCCACUUUAUUGACACCCCGAUGUCUUCAUAUCUGACGGCGCUCAGCCCUAAAUGGUGUCACCUCACCGACCUUGUAUACACCCCAACAUGCCCCGUCUCUCCGAUCCACAGUGCUGAGAUGGAUCCAACCCGCAAAGCAAAUGUCGCCAUUUCAUUGUCUAUGGACAGCAGACGGUCAGUGUCGCUCAGGAUUGUUGGAUGGACUGGUUGGUGCGUUUGGGGUUUUUGGAUGGACUGGUCGGUGGUGCUUGGGAUUGUUGACGCGGCUGGUUGGUCGGUGGGGCUCGGGAUUGUUGGCGCGGCGGGUUGGCCGGUGGUGCUCGGGAUUGCUGGCGCGGCUGGUUGGUCGGUGGGGCUCGGGAUUGUUGGCGCGGCGGGUUGGCCGGUGGUGCUCGGGAUUGCUGGCGCGGCUGGUUGGUCGGUGGGGCUCGGGAUUGUUGGCGCGGCGGGUUGGCCGGUGGUGCUCGGGAUUGCUGGCGCGGCUGGUUGGUCGGUGGGGCUCGGGAUUGUUGGCGCGGCGGGUUGGCCGGUGGUGCUCGGGAUUGCUGGCGCGGCUGGUUGGUCGGUGGGGCUCGGGAUUGUUGGCGCGGCGGGUUGGCCGGUGGUGCUCGGGAUUGCUGGCGCGGCUGGUUGGUCGGUGGGGCUCGGGAUUGUUGGCGCGGCGGGUUGGCCGGUGGUGCUCGGGAUUGCUGGCGCGGCUGGUUGGUCGGUGGGGCUCGGGAUUGUUGGCGCGGCGGGUUGGCCGGUGGUGCUCGGGAUUGCUGGCGCGGCUGGUUGGUCGGUGGGGCUCGGGAUUGUUGGCGCGGCGGGUUGGCCGGUGGUGCUCGGGAUUGCUGGCGCGGCUGGUUGGUCGGUGGGGCUCGGGAUUGUUGGCGCGGCGGGUUGGCCGGUGGUGCUCGGGAUUGCUGGCGCGGCUGGUUGGUCGGUGGGGCUCGGGAUUGUUGGCGCGGCGGGUUGGCCGGUGGUGCUCGGGAUUGCUGGCGCGGCUGGUUGGUCGGUGGGGCUCGGGAUUGUUGGCGCGGCGGGUUGGCCGGUGGUGCUCGGGAUUGCUGGCGCGGCUGGUUGGUCGGUGGGGCUCGGGAUUGUUGGCGCGGCUGGUGGUGCUCGGGAUUGUCAAUGUGGCUGGUUGGUCUUCACUUCCAUCAUAUGUGUAUGCAUGUGUGACUCGUGUAGCAGCAUUGACCUACCAAUCACGUGUGCGGCUCUGAUCUGGGUCUCUCCGGCUUUAAUUUGGGCUGGAGCUCCCGGGCUGGGCCGGCUUUGGGCUGGAGCUCCCGGGCUGAAGUCCAGGUACAGCACACCUCACUGCAACAUCAACCCGUUUACACCGGAGUCGGUGGAUCUGCAGGCGUCAUCGGGGAACCAUCGCAGGAGGAAGAGGAGCUGUGUGAUAGAUUCUGAUGGUGAAGUGAUGGAAGGAAGUGACGGGGAGUUGGAUGAUGGGAUCAGGCCGGCUAAGAGAAUCACGAUUACUGAAAGUAACAUGAAGUCUCGAUACGCCAUCGAAUUCCAUGAGUUGGAGAGGAUCGGCUCGGGUCAGUUUGGCGCAGUCUACAAAUGCGUGAAGCGGCUGGACGGAUGCAUUUACGCCAUUAAACGCUCCAAGAAGCCUCUUGCUGGCUCCGUGGAUGAGCAGAACGCACUGAGGGAAGUGUACGCGCACGCUGUACUUGGUCAGCACCCUCAUGUAGUACGAUACUACUCGGCAUGGGCAGAGGACGAUCAUAUGCUUAUUCAGAAUGAAUACUGCAAUGGUGGCAGUCUAGCGGACGCCAUUAGUGAAAAUUACCGCAAUAUGCGCUACUUCACCGAACCCGAAAUAAAGGACCUUCUCCUACAAGUGGCCCGAGGGCUGAAGUAUAUCCACUCCAUGGCUCUGGUUCACAUGGACAUCAAGCCAAGCAACAUUUUUAUAUCUCGGACGGUGGUGCCCAAGUCCUCAGUAGAAGAAGUCGAUGAUGAAGAUGGCGGCCCCCAAAAAGUGAUUUAUAAAAUAGGUGACCUGGGUCAUGUGACCAGAGUGUCCAGUCCUCAGGUGGAAGAAGGUGACUGCCGGUUCCUGGCUAAUGAAAUCUUACAAGAGGAUUACUCCCAGCUGCCCAAAGCGGACAUAUUCGCCCUGGCGCUGACCGUCUGGUGCGCUGGCGGUACCGAGCCUCUCCCAUCCAAUGGAGACCAGUGGCAUGAAAUCAGACAAGGCAAACUGCCCACCGUGCCGCAAGUGCUGUCCCAGGAGCUGAUGGAUCUAAUGAAGCUUAUGAUUUCCCCCGAUCCGGGGAGGAGGCCGUCCUCGGUGGCCCUCGUCAGACACCCGGUGCUCCUCUCUGCAUCCCGGAAGAGCGCGGAGCAGCUCCGGAUAGAACUCAACGCCGAGAGGUUUAAAAAUGCUCUUCUGCAAAAGGAACUGAAGAAAGCACAGAUGGCAAAAGCAGCGGCGGAGGAGCGAGCGUUAUUCCCCGACAGAAUGACGACGCGAUCCACGGCCCAGAGCGGCAGAGCCGCCCGCCUCAUAGGGAAGAAGAUGAACCGAUCCGUCAGCCUGACUAUAUAUUGAACUGAAUAUAAAUCGUUGAGCUGCACGCGUGCCGGACUGAUUUCUAGUUCAGAUUUUAAGGUGCUUGGCGUUU